AUCAGCUGUUUUUGUUUUGCUGUGUGAAUUAUUGGAAGUUAAUAACAUCAUAAUAACAACAGUGUCGACCGACUUAAGUGAAACGGCUCGUAACGCAGGCGUGAUCGUUUUUCCCGCGUCCGGUUCAGAUUCGGGAUCAUCCAGUCGGUACCGCAUGUGUGCCAUCUGAUCCAACCAUCCCGGACAUUCCUCUCCCUGAAGACUGUGAGCGUGGCGCUUGGAGUCGGGGAGCAGAGGAGGGGAAGCGGGUUCCGGCGGGGAUCGACCCGAGCCCAAGGCCUCCGACCUCGGCCAGCGAGUGGAGUGGGAAAUUGGCGGCUCCGAUGGAGUCCCAGGAAGCGCCGGACGGCCCCGAAGUGCACCGAGGCUUCAUCUGUGCCUCGUUUAACCAGGACACCACUUCUCUGUCGGUGGGCACCAAGACUGGCUACCAACUCUUCUCAGUCACUGCUGCGGAAAAACUGGACUGCAUCCAUGAGGGAGUGGAGUGUCCAGAUGUGUAUAUAGUGGAGCGGCUGUUCUCCAGCAGUCUGGUGGUGGUGGUCAGUCUGUCCAUGCCACAGCGAAUGAACGUCUAUCACUUUAAGAAGGGCACAGAGAUUUGUAACUACAGCUACUCCAACAACAUCCUCUCCGUCAGGCUCAACAGACAGCGACUGGUGGUGUGCCUUGAGGAGUCGAUUUACAUCCACAAUAUCAAAGACAUGAAACUACUUAAGACUCUGCUCAACACACCCAUCAACCCCUCAGGUCUCUGCGCCCUCUCUGUCAACCACAGUAACUCCUACUUGGCAUACCCCGGCAGCGCCACCAUCGGAGAGAUCACGGUCUAUGAUGCCAACAGCCUGAGCACUGUGACGCUGAUCCAAGCCCAUGACAGUCCUCUGGCAGCCCUCACCUUCAAUGCCUCUGGCACCAAACUGGCCAGCGCUUCAGAGAAGGGUACUGUUAUCAGAGUCUUCAGCAUUCCCGAAGGGCAGAGGCUGUUUGAAUUCCGCCGAGGGAUGAAGAGAUAUGUUAGCAUCAGUUCAUUGUCCUUCAGUGCAGAUGCCCAGUUCCUGUGUGCCUCCAGCAACACUGAGACAGUCCAUAUUUUUAAACUGGAGCAGCACAGUCCAAGUCAAGAGGAGGAGUCUCCUACAUGGUCAGCGUAUGUGGGCAAAAUGUUCACAGCGGCCAGCACCUACUUACCCGCCCAGGUGUCUGACAUGAUGCAUCAGGACAGAGCCUUCGCCACUGUUCGACUCAACAUGUUUGGCUUAAAGAACAUCUGCGCCCUGGCUACCAUUCAGAAGCUUCCUCGCCUGCUGGUGGCAUCCUCAGACGGGUAUCUUUACAUCUAUAAUGUGGACCCACAGGAUGGAGGAGAGUGUGUCCUGGUCCAAAAACACAGACUGUUUGACACCAGCGAGGAGCAGGUGGAAGAGAAGGAAGAGGAGAAACUAGAGGAUGACUCGCCCCAACCAGUCGGCCAAUCAUAUGCUGCCACUGUGGCUCUCCCUUCAACUCCACCCUCUUCCACCACUCUCAUGGGAUACUCUGAGGACGGAGGAGCCCAGAAGGGUGAGGUCAUCCCAGAACAUGAAUUCGCAGAGAGCCCCGUCUGUCUGGAUGACGAAAAUGAGUUUCCUCCUGUCAGCAACCAGAGUAACUGAAUAACAACAUCCC